ACAUUAAUAUUGCAUUCAUGUGUUGCUUUAUUGUCUAAAGUAAUGUAUCAUAAACACAAAGAUCAAGAUAUCGUAGCAUAAUUUUCCUGUGCCAAAAAUGUAUCUCUAAAAAGUUAUCUUUUCAUGAACACAAAAACUUAAAUUGCUUAUUUUACUUAAGAAAUCGAUAUAAUUUCAACCUUUAGACAAUGAAUAAUCUUAGGCUAUUUAGCAAAAAUGGAUAUGAAAGAAAAAUAUUCACCUUAAAUUUGUAUUUAAAUACUUUUGUUAAUGUACUUACAGUGUCUCUAUUAGUUGUUGUUGGAGAAAUGAUUAGCAGUUAGAACAGGUCAAACGAGUAGCCUUUACUCUUUUAUAGACCAUAUUUCUCGGGGUAACUAAUAACUGUGUAUUAACAGAAAUAAUUUCUACAGGUAAGCUUUUGACAUUAUAAAGCUUGUUCUCUCUUCGAUGUGUAAAUAAAGUUUCAUCAUCAAACUCUCCAUCACGCGCUCCCUUGUUUUAUUGGUGAGAGAGGAUGACGCGCGAGCUGUACCUGUGAGGGAUGCGUGCGUCUUGCCGGCCGGGCGUGCAGCCUUUGGGGGACGUAUGAUGAGGAUGCCAUGGCAACAGGCCGAUUAGAUUCAAACCUUUGUGUGCCCAUUUAUUUAUUUAAUAUUCCAUUUGCAUGCGCCGCGCGCCUCUGUGGCCGUACUGGUUCGACCUCUGUGUGAUGUGUCAGAGCGAGGAGUGAAUUUCUGCUUCAUACUGGAGUCUGACCAGUCUCAUGAGCAGCAACCUUAAACGCUCAACAAGUUUUUUUUUUUUUUAAGGAGGCAUGAGGAAUCAUCAGAUUACAAGGUUCUACUUGGAGCAGCUUAUUCCUCUGUAGAAAAAAUGAUCCAAAAAUAGAGCCUAUUCUUCUCCUCGGUGCGAAAGGGAAGAAAGGACACAGCUGUAUCCGGAAACAAUGUCAUUUAAAGUCGGCAGAAGUGGGAUUACAUGGCAGCUUCUGGAGCUGAUUUUGGGCGUCACUUUAAACAUCUGAUCAAGUUAAUUCCGGCUUCAUUUUUUACAAAACAGCGCCUAUUGUAGAGCUGUCUGCUUUGGCUGUCUGAGCGCUUCAGUCACGGGCAGGCGCUUCUUAAAUCAUGACUGUUUUUUCCAUUCGGAGACUCAAAAUGAAAGCGUGCCGUGGAGUCUGUGAAAAACAUGGGAUAGAUUUCGCGUAAUGUGACUUGUUUCAGGCGUGUUGUAUGUCCCUGUCGAUCUGUUUUUCUGUGUGCGUGUUUCCAGCGCGUGUCAGAAUGAAUCAGUGCGCCUCGGAGUGUGAGCGCCCGCGUGUGCCAUUAUGUGCGUCCCUUAUGUCCAUUAACUCCCCUUCCCUUCUGACAAAGGAUCAAGUGUCCUUGUCAUUCAUCCGCGGAUGAAUGCACUCUGCCACUUUACCGCUCAAAUAAUCUCUUGCAAAAUGAUGUGUGUAGAAAAUAUCAGAACUGGAUGAGCAGCCUGGCCACAGAGGCGACAAAGGCAGGACACUGACGGCAAAUGAGCGGCGAGCUUCGUUAUCUUCAAAAGACCGGGGAUCUGGUGCCAGUAUGACCGGCGUCGGAGCGCUGACGGCGGCUGUAAAAAGGAGAGGGAGGGCCUCAGGGGGAGAGAAACGUUUCAAGGACGAGGAAGGAGGACAACAUCUGUAGAAGAGAAACAUCUGUAAGGAAAAGGGGACCGGUUAAGAAAAGCUGCUGGGUGAAUGAUUUCAUGUCUGGAUGGAGCUUUUUCCAAGGGCACUGAGGUAAGCAUGGCCACAUCAGCGGAGAGAGGGCGGAGGUGCGAGCUGUCAGCUCCAGGAGAAUGACUCCAGACAGAGACCACUUUCUUUAAGCUUUCUCAAUUUAACAUUCAGACUGGCAUUAACCCUCUCACAUGUGUAAUUUAGACUGGUUGAUACAGUAAACAGUAGUUUUCCUAAGAGGGGAGUCACAGGUUAUAUUCACCCUAUUCUCACCCUCCUCCUACCCCUGGAGCUGGGAUGGAUGGAGUUGCUGGAGGUGCAGGUACCCCCAGUAGUGCAGGGGGGUCUGGGGGUGACAGCCUCCCCAGACGAGGGGACUCAAAGCGGCGCAGUAAAGGCAGCCUGCCCUCCCCAGGCUACAGGUUGUCCCAGGCCUCUCUAGAGGGGGAGAAGGGCUCGUUCGGGGCAGACAGCUCUUCCUUAAGUGGACGUGGCCGCCGCCUCUCCAUCAUGAGCUCCUCCACCCGGGAUGGCCUUCCCUUCCGGACAGCAGGCACCCCGACAACCCCAGUGCCCCUGCCACCUCCACCCAGCUCCUGCUCGACCGCAGCCCACCCUCCUCGCUCAGUGGGCUUUGCUGCCUCCCGCGCCGCCCUGACCUCCACCUCCUCCACUGGGACAGGGGUGAUGGUGGUGGCUACUGGUCCAGAGACCACUACCAGCACGGCAUGCAACACCACAGCAGGGACCCCUGAAAUGAUGGGUCAGUCUGCACUGGGGGGGUUUGGGAUGGGGCUGGAUGGGGAAGACUAUAGCGCCUCCAACCAGAGCACCUUCAUCCAGAGACAGUUUGGAGCCAUGCUGCAGCCAGGGGUCAACAAGUUCAGCCUGCGCAUGUUCGGAUCCCACAAGGCUGUGGCUCUGGAGCAGGAGAGACUGAAAUCAGCAGGGGCGUGGAUCAUACACCCCUACAGUGACUUCAGAUUCUACUGGGACCUGGUGAUGUUAAUGUUGAUGAUGGGGAACUUGAUCAUCCUUCCAGUGGGCAUCACUUUCUUUAGAGACGAGAACACACCCUCGUGGAUAAUAUUCAACGUGGUCUCUGACACUCUCUUCAUGGUAGACCUGGUUUUAAACUUCAGGACCGGCAUCAUAAAGGAGGACAACACUGAGAUAUUACUGGACCCAAGGGCGAUUCGUCAGAGGUACCUGAAGAGCUGGUUUCUUGUGGACUUUGUGUCAUCCAUCCCAGUGGACUACAUCUUUCUCAUGGUGGACAGUCUGGACUCUGAGGUCUACAGGACAGCCAGGGCGCUGCGCAUCGUCCGCUUUACCAAAAUCCUUAGCUUGCUUCGACUGCUUCGCUUGUCCAGACUCAUUCGAUACAUCCACCAAUGGGAGGAGAUCUUUCACAUGACCUAUGACCUUGCCAGUGCCAUGGUGAGGAUUGUUAACCUCAUUGGUAUGAUGCUGCUGCUGUGCCACUGGGAUGGCUGUUUACAAUUCCUGGUCCCCAUGCUGCAGGACUUCCCCCCUGACUGCUGGGUCUCCAAGAACCUGAUGGUGAAUGACACAUGGGGUGUGCAGUACUCCUAUGCUUUGUUCAAAGCCAUGAGCCACAUGUUGUGUAUCGGAUAUGGUGCCCAGGCUCCAGAAGGCAUGACUGACGUGUGGCUGACCAUGCUCAGUAUGAUCGUAGGUGCCACCUGCUAUGCCAUGUUCAUCGGCCACGCCACCGCUCUCAUUCAGUCACUAGACUCCUCCCGGCGACAGUAUCAGGAGAAGUACAAGCAGGUGGAGCAGUACAUGUCAUUCCAUAAACUUCCUGCUGAUGUUCGUCAGAAGAUCCACGAGUACUAUGAGCACCGCUUCCAGGGGAAAAUGUUUGAUGAGGAGAACAUCCUGGGAGAACUCAGUGAGCCUCUCAAAGAGGAGAUAGUCAGCUUUAACUGCCGCAGCUUGGUGGCUAACAUGCCACUGUUUGCAAACGCUGACCCCAACUUUGUGACUGCCGUGCUGACCAAACUACGCUUUGAAGUGUUCCAGCCUUCAGAUUUUAUCAUCCGUGAGGGCACAGUUGGAAGGAAAAUGUACUUCAUCCAACAUGGACGAGUCGGUGUGCUUACCCGUGGCAACAAGGAAACCAAAUUGAGUGAUGGCUCUUACUUUGGAGAGAUCUGUUUGCUGACUCGUGGGCGGAGAACAGCCAGUGUUCGUGCAGAUACAUAUUGUCGUCUGUACUCUCUCAGUGUGGACAGCUUUAAUGAGGUGUUAGAGGAACACCCUAUGAUGCGGCGUGCUUUUGAAACUGUCGCUGUUGACCGCUUGGACCGUAUCGGGAGAAAGAAUUCUAUGCUCCUGCGAAAGUCCUCCCAGGCUGGUUCUUUGGGGGGCAGCAUAGGUCGUGGUGGAGGCCGGGGUGGAGGGGGUCCAGGAGCCGGAGGAGGCCUUGCAGCAGGCAGCCUUGGCUCAUGUGACAGCAUGCUGGUGCAACAGAUAGUCAAACACGACAGCAUGCCCGCCAUGCAGGAUGCCAUUGCAGCUGCCACUGCUGCAGGAAGAGGUGGAGUCAUGGGAGGAAGUGGCACUGUGUCUCCUCGACCCCGCCCUGUCAUCUGGGCACCACUGGUUCAUGCCCCUCUGCAGACAGCUGCUGCCACAAGUAAUGUAGCCAUCACACUCAUGCACCAGCAGCAACAACAGCAGCUCCAGCAGUUGCAGCAUCAGCAUGCACUUGGAGGUGCUUUCUUCCUGCCCUCUCCUCUUAUCUCUCCCUCUCCCUCCUCCACUUUCCCCCUCGCAUCUCCUCGUGCCCCUGUGUUACAGCCGCUCCGCCCCUCUGUGAGCUCUUUAAUCGGGAUGAUGGCAAUUGGUGGGAUGGGUGGUUUGUCCCCGAGAGGAUUUCCUCUCUCUCCCUCGACCAUGGGGCCUUCUGGUGGGGUCACAUCACCCCCUAUCGCUAAGACUCCACCCAUGCCAGCCCCCUCGGUCCCAACUUCUGUCCAACAGGGUAGGACUCUUCAUUACAGCCUCCGCCCCCAGGCUGAUAAUCCAACAGGGAUCACUGGAUCACCGGGAGCCCCUUCAGGCGGAGGGCCACCAACUCCAUCCAUCCACAAGGUACAUACCACAAACCCCCCUGCUGCAUCUGGUGUCCCUACAGAAGGUAGCACCUCUGCGACAGGCCAGCAGGGAGCAAAAGAAGCUCUGCUACGUCAUGGAGGAAACAGCUCUCAGGGUCUGCCUGCACUGGGCAGACUCACCCAGGAAGCCAGGCUGCUGUCUGCUUCACAGCCCACUCUGCCUCACCGCUCCUGGGCUGGACUGCAGCCUCACCCGCCCCUUCACAGGAAGGCCUCUGGUGGGAAUUUGCUUGCAGCUCCCUUUCUGGCAGGGCAGUUAGCCAGGGGAAGCAGUGCGGGAAUGCUGACAUCGAACAACCCGGUUCAGCUAGUUGCAAAUAUAACAUUUAAUGCACAAGCACAUGCCACAGUGCCAGUCCCGCCCACUUUAGCAAAGGUUAUCGCUGCAAACACCAGCACACAAUCUGCCUCUCAUACUGAACCUUUACCCAUACCUAUAGCUGCACAUCUGCCUCCCGCUGCCUUGUUGCCGUCCUCCUCCAUUCCAAAGCAGGUUCAGCUCUCUUCUGCCACUGUUUCUCCUACACCCACCCCCUUGUCUCCUAUUCUUUCCCAAACCCCUCGCCCUAAACCAAUCUCAAUGACUCCCUCUGGCUCCUCCUCUCCUCCUAUCUGCUCCACACCUUCUUCAGCAGGAACAAACACACUGUUGCUGUCAUCAACUCCGCGUCCCAAACCCAUCCCAGCACCCUCCCCCCGCUCAUCCUCCCCCUCUCCCUCCUCCACACCACCUCCAUUUUCUGUUUCUAGCCCUGUUCCUUUGCCUCAAACUUAUGGGUCCAAGUCGUCUCUUACCUCUUCUUCUCCACCUUCACCCUUGACCAGCUCUUCUCCACCACAUCCCCAGAGCCCGCGGGCCAAAGCAUCAAACACACCUCCAUCUGCUUCUCCAUUGUCUGGCUCGAGUCCUAACCACACCCCAAUACCUUCUCCAAUAUCAACUCCCAAUCUCCGCAGCCGCUCUUCUACCCCUUCCCAAACUCCGACCCUAACAGCUACCCCUGUAACUCCCACAAAGACACCCACCCCUACACUUUUCUCCUCUCCGACCCCUGCUACACCUGUCCUCCCCCUAAGUAAGUCCCAGAGCCCAACUUCUCUCCAACCCUCUGUCUCCAGAGGCCCGACUUUGAGCCAGAUCCCAAAACAGGCCUCACCUCUGACCCCAAACCAAAGUGCGUCUCCUUCCCCAACACCAGUUAGCACCAGUCCUUCAACUAAAAUUACUUUUUCAGUUCAUCCUGUAAAGCAAACCCCUGCUUUCGUUACUGUAAGCCCUUCUUCGGGCUCAAGUCAUUCAAACAAACCAUCCACAAAGACAACGUCAUCCUCAUUAACUUUAAGCCCAAACCCAAGCUCAUUUAACCCCUCCUCUCUUAGUAACACCCUUUCUGCCAUCCCUACCUCUCCUGGUAUCCAAUCCGCCUCCUCCCAAUCCCCAAAACAAUUACCUACCACAGCUGCCCCUACUCACUCAUCAAAACUGAAAUCACCUUCUACACCUGCCAAUACUUCUCAGGCAUCCACCCCUACACCUAACAAGUCAGCACAUGCAGCCGCCCCUGCCAACAACACCUCCUCUUAAGGUGGUAAAAAAGACCCUCAGAUACCAGAGGAACUAAGACACUUCUCCACUUCUCGCCAACAUGUAAGACAGAAGCAGUCUUAAAGGAUGUUGAUGAGCCAUGCAUAUACAGUUUUACCAGAGUUGGCAUCAGACAUCAAAUGAUCUCAUGUGGACAGGUACAUCUUGUUCGCAUUCACUCUAGGAUGUGAUUGUCUUAGAACAUCAGGUGUUCAUGUGACUCUCCACCAAGCCAUCGAUUAAGAAAAAGACUAAAGCGUCUGGCGACAGAAGAGUCCAAAAUACAUCUAAAUGUAUACAUACAUACAGUAUCUGUGUGAGCGAUUGUUGGAGCAAGCAGGGGAGCUGAGGUGGAAACAAUAUACGCAGAAAAUGGGAUAGAAGCAACAGUUGAGUCAGAAAAUAUUCAAGUUCAAAGCCUCCAUUUUCUGGACAAAAAGCAAUAUGUGAAAACAAGUGAGGCUUUUCAAAUGUGACAAAACAAAUGAUCCUGACGAUAAUAAAAAAUGUGAGACAACAGCAUUUAUUCCAUAUUUCUCAAAGAUCAUGCUCAGGGUGAUAACCUCAAAUGAUGUUAAAAUACUGUACUACUGUGUUCCAAUUUGUAAGCUGAAAAGAAA